AUGACACUCACAAGCGAGGCUCCAUUUGCUUGGGUUCAUAUUAGAUUCAUGACGGUCGUUCACUCUAAGUUCACUGAUGAGGAUCUCCUCUAUUUUUGCGAAGACUCCGUUUACUGUGGAGAGGUUAUGACAACUCUGACCUCCGACCUUCCUCGCUCCCUAGCGCGUGCUUCUGACCCGGUUCUUUCUAUUGAAGUUCAUCCUGAUGGACGUUACAAUGACCCCAUGGAUCGGCAGAAUGCUUGCGCCCCUGUGUUGGCCAAUUGGAUUCUAGAUUUAAAGAAGGGUCUAGGGCUUCCAUUUGAUCGGUAUUAUCUAUUUAGAGAUUCGUUUUAUCUGACGCCUGUGCAGAUAAAAUUGGGAAUGGAGAGCUGGGAGGAGGAAAUUGUUCAUAAAGUCAUUGACUAA